CGCUUCACACAACCCCUGUCUUUAUCGUGGCCCUACCAUAAAAGUGCUCUCUUUCUCAUCUCUCUCGCAGCUGUUCCAGCUCAUACACACAGCAUAGCAGCCACCAUGCUGUCUUUCGCACGCUUGCUCUGCCUCCUGCCUCUGUUCCUCGCCGGCGUGAGUGCCACACACUGGCAGCAUGUCCGUGACGACAGAGAGCACAUGUUCUUGGCUCGAGGGUCCGAGCGUACCGCUCCUUACAUGACCAAGCGAGACUCUAGUGAGUACGAGGAUAGCUGGUGAGGAGCUGCGAGUCACACAAGGCCUGUCGCUGAUCAUCUGAUUGUACACAUCACAGGCAAGAAUGGACUCCCCUACCCUGCACCCACUGCAAAGCCGCCUUCGAGUGAGUCCACAGCCGUAGGAGUAGUGCCAUCCUGUCCGUGCGGCGCUCUGAAAUACUCCUCCACUCUUGCCCUUGCUCUGUAGAGAUGCCCGACUCCUGGGUGGCCAAGUACACGCAGGUCAAGGCGGCGGGCCUCAUCGCCGACGUCCCCGUGCCGACUGCCUUCCCAGACGGCUUGGUGCAGUACCCCAAGGGCACCGACCCUGCUUCCAAGGAUGUCUGCAACUGGGAGUCUUCCCAGUGUUUCAUGGACGACACCAUCAACGUCGCCCCUGAUGGAGUUCUCGCCAUUGGAUUCGAUGACGGACCAACCGAGGCCGUGGCUGCGUACGCCGACUACUUCAAGAAGGAAGAAAUCGUCGCCACCCACUUCCUCAUCGGACUACAGAUCCUUACUUGCCCCUCGUGCAUGACCAACUUGGUCAACAUGCAGCCCGAACAGCACUUGGCCAGUCACAGUUUCACCCACACCCAGCUUCCUCUGAUGCAAGACCUCGAGCUCGUAGCAGACAUCGGAUGGUCUCUGCAGGUCAUCUACGACUACUCUGGAAAGAUCCCUCUCUACAUUAGGCCCCCGCAGGGAGACAUUGACCGUCGAGUCAUGACCAUCGCUCGAGAAGUCUUUGGCGUGCAGGUCGUAAUGUGGAACCAGGACCACCUAGACUGGUGCCUGCUAGACGCCGGAGAGAAGGAGACUCUGCCAGACGUCUGCAAGGGAACCACCUUGGACUCGAUCAACACGGCCUACAAGGGAAUGAUGGAUGCUAGCCCCCAGAAGGGUGUUCUUCUCCUCGUCCACGAGAUCCGCAACGCUUCCCAAGCUCCCUUCCGCACCCUCAUUGCCGGCGCCAAGGAGAAGAAGUGGAAGAUCGGCCCCGUCACCGAUGUCGAUGCCAAGCUGCCCUGGUACGAGAAUGCUGCCACUGCCGGUGUCAAGGGAGAGGCCGUUGACGACAUCCUUACCAAGAGGAAGCCCUUCACUGUUGCUGGCGGUGGAUCUACCAUCACUCUCAACGGCGACUGGUCUGCUGGCGCUGGCGGCAACACUUCGGCUGGCGGCAGCACCUCUGGCAAGGGCAAGAGCGGCGCCUCUGCUGGCGGCAACUCCACCCAGACCAAUGGCACUGAUGCGGGCAACGGCAACGGUACCACUGGCGCAGGUUCGCCCAGCGCCUCUGGCAGUGGCUUGACCAUGUCCUCGCCCAUCGCUGCUGCGUUGGGCGCCGUCGCUGGUCUGGUCAUCGCUGGUCUUGUCACCUUGCAGUAGAGGUCUCAUUGAGCUCGCCUAUAGCUAGGACCUGCCGUGCCCCCUGUCCAAUAAUUCCCCGACUCGCUUGCUUCAUCUGCGCCUCAAAAGAUUCUCUCGCCCCCUGACUCCUGUCCAUCAUGACGCGCUACGCGCAUGAUCUCCCCCCUUGUCGCUCCUCCGCCGAGGAAGGUGUUCAUCUUGUCUUCUCGCCCGACCCCCUCCUACCUCAAAUCAAAGUAUUUACUC